AUUUUCUACCAUCCAAGUGAACUGCAACAAUGGGUCAAGCAGAAAGCCACAAUGAGAUGGAUUUGGAGCAAAUUCAGGAGCUGUGUAUGGCUUUUAUGAAGGAGUGCCCGAGCGGGGCUUUGCACCUACAUGAAUUAAAACGGAUCUUUGGUAUACCAGCCAGCUGCGAGGAAGAGACUUUGUACAUUGAGACUGUCUUCCAUUCAUUCGACACAAACAGGGAUAACACGUUGGAUUUUAUCGAGUAUACGGCCGCUCUUCACCUGAUAUUGCGGGGGAAUCUUGAGGAUAGGUUAAAGUGGUCCUUUAAAAUCUACGACAAGGACGGGAAUGGCAAGUUAGACCGAGAAGAGGUGAAAAACCUAAUUCGGAUCAUUUACAAAAUCAAAAUUCAUACAACUGCCAUAAACAUGACACCUAAUGAAGUCUGUGACAGGAUCUUUGAGCUGGUCGACCAGAAUCAUGACGGCCAGAUUUCCUUUACUGAGUUCAUGGAGGGGGCCCAGAAGGACGAGUGGGUCAUGAAUAUGCUCAAGCUGGACGUCAACGCUAGUGGCUGGGUCAUGCAGAACUGUGUAAAAAUGACCUGAGCCUUCCAAACAGGCUCUCCCAUCUACACAGAGAGUGGUUGUGUCCCUCAAAUGACAUCUGAGUUUUGUGUUUUUCUCGCAAGAAACCUGAUGCCUUGGGCCUAAAGAUCUGGUUCUGCCUCCAUGUUUGCUUGUGGUGGUUCAGGCAUAGACAUGGAGCACUUUCCUCCGUAUCACUUCUUGUAGUUGUUCUUUUAACAUGCUGUCCAUGCACGUUGAUGUGUCGGAACAACAGGCGUUCUCUUUUUGAGUUGGGACCAGCUGACAGGAUGGAGUCUCAUUCAGCACAUGACUGUCAUAGAUCACUGGAACUCUGGUAGAUUUCAAACAGAGUUUAAAGGUCAUAUUGUGUGAUAUGAUAUUACACAGGGUCACUAUCCGCAGUUUGAGUAUUUACAUUGCAUUCAAAUGUAAAAGAUUAUGGAAUUCUAUACUCAGUAAUAUUGUGACGAUGGUUAUGAAAUUAUCAUAUUAAUAAUAUUAUAUAAUCAAAAUAAUUAUUUCACAACCUUAUACUGUCAAGUACGAAGUAAUAUUUCAAAACAUUAUAUCAAUGCAAAUAUCAUACCGUUAGUAACCUAAAUGUGAUAUAUCAUGUUAUGUUACCCAUAUUUAUUUGACCUAUUAUGUUUAAGGAAUUUAUAUCACAUCAGAGAAUUUAGAAUGGGGAUAUGUUAUAUUAUUCAAUGUCAAGUACUUCAAAUCCUUUCGUCAUACCUGUCAAAAACAAUGAGGCAUCACAAAUUUUUUUAAAAACCUUCAAAUAUCAGUAGAGUUUAAACUGUGAACCAAACUGUUGGCUAUAGUCGUGACCAAAAGUUUAGAAAAUGACACAAAUAUAAAUUUUCACAA